UUUUGGUCUUAUGCAGAUAUGGACCCAACAGAAAAAUCAUCCAAGCAAUCAUCCUUGUUCCCACCAUUGCCAAGGGACCCUCGAGGCUCGCUUGAAGUCUUCAACCCGACCACUUUCUCAACCCGACCCAUCAACCCGGCAUUUCGGACAGAACCCACGUGGCAAAGCUUGAUAGAACCACGUGGGAGCCCGGAAGCUGACCCUUCCAAGCUAGCCUCCAAGUCGGGGCGGGUUGAAGAAAUAACAUCAUGGAUGGCACUCACGGAAAAAUCGUCAGCUCCAUCUCCACCACCACCACCACCACCACCAUCGUCUUCACUAUCACAAUCACCGCUUGUUCAUACGAUCACCAGUGAUAAUGGCGGAACCGCGAGUCCCAAUCCUUCGGAUGAAGCCGGAGUGGCUGCGAAGAGAGCUGCGGAAUGGGGGCUGGUCCUAAAAACCGACGAUGAAACUGGUAAACCACAAGGAGUUGUUGUCAGGAAUUCGGGUGGAGAUGACCCGAACACCAAACCUGGUACUUCUCGUAGGAGCUCGAAUAAUUCAGUUCGGAGCUCGGAAGAAUCAGACAGCGAAUUCAGCAAGGAGAGAGGGUUCCCCAGAGUAUCCGAGGACUUGAAGGGUGCAUUGUCAACAUUUCAACAAACAUUCGUGGUUUCGGAUGCUACCAAACCCGAUUACCCUAUUCUCUAUGCAAGUGCCGGGUUCUUUAAGAUGACUGGAUACACUUCGAAGGAGGUCAUAGGCAGGAACUGUCGGUUUUUACAGGGUGCAGGUACGGACCCGGAAGAUGUGGCGAAGAUUAGGGCAUUGCAGGCAGGGACAAAUUAUUGUGGGAGAUUGUUGAAUUAUAAGAAAGAUGGGACUCCUUUUUGGAAUCUUCUUACUAUUUCACCUAUCAAGGACGAAAAUGGAAAAGUCUUGAAGUUUAUUGGAAUGCAAGUGGAGGUGAGCAAGCAUACAGAAGGGGCCAAGGAAAGGGCCUUGCGGCCCAAUGGAUUGCCAGAGUCAUUGAUUCGAUACGAUGCCCGCCAAAAGGACAUAGCUGCCGGUUCAGUAACAGAACUUGUGGAAGCAGUCAGGAAACCUCGUUCACUUAGUGAAUCAACAAACCACCCUUUCAUUAGAAAAUCAGGUGGUGGCGGAGAGCAAGAAGGAUCCGGAGGUUUGGCACGGCGAAACUCGGAAAGCAUACCUCCACAAAGAAGAUCUAGUGGGGGUCCUAGAAUCUCAAUGGAGCGUAUCAGUGAGGUGCCAGAAAAGAAACAGAGAAGAUCUAGUCGUCUUUCUUUCAUGGGGCUUAUGAGGAAAAGUCAGUCUACUACUGAAAGCUUUGACAAUAGUCUCCUGGUGGAUGCGGAUGAGGAUGAGAGUGAUGAUGAUGAGAGGCCAGACAGUGUUGAUGACAAAGUUAGACAAAAGGAAAUGAGGAAGGGUAUUGAUCUUGCCACCACACUUGAACGUAUAGAGAAAAACUUUGUCAUUACUGAUCCAAGGCUGCCUGAUAAUCCCAUUAUCUUUGCAUCUGAUAGCUUCUUGGAGCUGACAGAGUACAGUCGCGAAGAAAUCUUGGGCAGAAAUUGCAGGUUUCUCCAAGGGCCUGAAACUGAUCCAGCUACUGUGAGGAAGAUCCGAGAGGCAAUAGAUAACCAAACAGAAGUAACUGUACAGCUCAUCAACUACACAAAGAGUGGCAAGAAGUUCUGGAACCUGUUCCAUCUGCAGCCUAUGCGUGAUCAGAAGGGAGAAGUUCAGUAUUUUAUCGGAGUGCAGCUAGAUGGCAGUGCAAAAGUUGAUCCACUUCGUAACAGUCUUCCAGAUAGUGCUGCACAAGAGAGUGAACAACUGGUGAAAAAAACUGCUGAAAAUGUUGAUGAAGCAGUGAGGGAACUUCCAGACGCCAAUAUGAAUCCAGAAGAUCUAUGGAUGAAUCAUUCCAAGGUAGUUCACCCGAAACCUCACAGGAAGGAUAGUCCCUCUUGGAAAGCUAUUCAAAAGAUUCAUGACAGUGGAGAAAGGAUAGGUCUAAAACAUUUUAGGCCCGUAAAGCCAUUGGGAUCAGGCGACACUGGCAGUGUGCAUUUGGUGGAACUAUAUGGAACUGGCCUGUACUUUGCCAUGAAAGCUAUGGAUAAAGGUGUUAUGCUCAACCGGAACAAGGUGCAUAGAGCUUGUGCAGAAAGAGAAAUUCUUGACAUGUUGGAUCACCCUUUUCUUCCAGCAUUGUAUGCAUCAUUUCAGACUAAAACACAUAUUUGUCUGGUUACGGAUUACUGUCCUGGUGGAGAACUCUUCCUGCUUUUAGACAGACAACCAAUGAAGGUCAUGAAGGAAGAUGCAGUAAGAUUUUAUGCUGCGGAGGUUGUUGUUGCAUUGGAGUACCUUCACUGUCAAGGAAUUAUAUACAGAGAUUUAAAGCCUGAAAAUGUUCUCCUUCAGAGCAAUGGACAUGUGACCCUGACCGAUUUUGAUUUAUCUUGCUUGACAUCUUGCAAACCACAGCUGCUGAUUCCAACGACAGAUGAAAAGAAAAAACGCCAUAAAAGUCAGCAGAAUCCAAUCUUCAUGGCAGAACCUAUGCGUGCCUCAAAUUCUUUUGUGGGAACUGAAGAGUACAUUGCCCCGGAAAUUAUCUCUGGGGCAGGCCAUACCAGUGCAGUGGACUGGUGGGCUUUAGGCAUUCUUCUGUAUGAAAUGCUUUAUGGGUAUACGCCAUUCAGGGGAAAGACAAGACAGAAGACAUUUGCCAAUGUUCUUCAGAAAGAUCUUAAAUUCCCAAGAAGUAUACAAGUAAGUCUCCAUGGAAAGCAGUUGAUGUACAGGUUAUUACAUAAAGAUCCCAAAAGCAGAUUAGGUUCUCGUGAAGGAGCCAGUGAAAUAAAGAGACAUCCAUUCUUCAAAGGAGUAAAUUGGGCUCUAGUCCGCUGCAUGAAUCCACCUGAGCUUGAAGUCCCUCUCUUUGCAACUGAAGCUGGGAAGGAAGACAAAGUUGUGGACCCUGAACUACAGGAUUUGCAGACAAAUGUUUUCUGAGAGGUUUGCAUUCUAGGAUCCUUCAUUCUCAAAACGCAUUAUGAACAACAAAUUUCUCUGCUACCAUGAAGUUCAUAUUGUCAAGGAAACACCAUCAGAGGCUCUGGUUAGCUCCUAGUUUGGCUGAGGAUCAGUAGUUUUACAGCCAGGAAGUUGAUUGCAAGAGGGAAGUUUUUUUGAUUGUGUGUUCUGUAAUAUUCUUUCUAUUUUUGGAUUAAUUAUAUAUGCUGGAUGUAAUCUUCUGUAAUCUAUGUUUGGUUGGUAAAUAAUUAUCAGUUUGUUUUACUCUCUCUGCCUAA